AUGGGUAACAUGAUGAUUGAUAUGAAAAAUGCUGUUGUUGCUCGAGAUGAGCAAGGAAAUCCAUUUAUUAUUGUUAAAGAUCAGGAUAACAAAAAGCGAUUGACUGGGAUUGAAGCUAUUAAGUCUCAUAUUUUGGCAGCAAAAGCUGUUUCAAAUAUUUUAAAAUCAUCUCUUGGACCACGUGGGUUGGAUAAAAUUAUGGUAUCUUCUGAUGGAGAUGUCACCAUAACCAAUGAUGGUGCAACUAUUCUGAGUCAAAUGGAAGUAGAAAACCAGAUUGCUAAACUUUUAGUUGAGCUAUCAAAAUCACAAGACGAAGAGAUUGGGGAUGGUACCACGGGUGUUGUAGUGCUUGCUGGUGCAUUGUUAGAAUAUGCGGAGGAAUUAAUUGAUAAAGGAAUCCAUCCGAUCAAAAUAGCAGAUGGUUAUGAUCAAGCAUGCAAGAUUGCAGUUCAGCACCUUGAUUCUAUUUCAGAAGUUGUAGAAUUUUCUAAAACAGAUACGAUUAAUCUUUUUAAAGCUACCAAAACAUCUCUUGGAAGUAAAAUUGUCUCUAAAGCACAUGACAAAUUUUCUCAGAUUGCCGUUGAAGCAAUUAUGUCAGUAGCGGAUUUGGAAAGAAAAGAUGUUAAUUUUGAACUUAUAAAAGUUGAUGGAAAAGUAGGAGGUGCAUUGGAAGAUACAGUUUUGGUAAAAGGAGUGGUUGUCGAUAAGGAUAUGUCUCAUCCUCAAAUGCCUCGUUCUGUAAGUAAUGCAAAGAUAGCUAUCCUUACAUGUCCAUUUGAGCCACCUAAACCUAAAACGAAACAUAAACUUGACAUUACAAAUGUAGAUGAAUUUAAAAAACUUCAGGCUUAUGAGAAAGAAAAAUUUGAGGAAAUGGUUAAAAAAAUUAAAGAUGUUGGCGCAAAUCUCGUUAUAUGUCAAUGGGGUUUUGAUGAUGAAGCAAAUCAUCUUUUAUUUCAAAAUAAGCUUCCUGCUGUACGCUGGGUAGGUGGGCCAGAAAUAGAGUUAAUUGCGGUCGCUACGAACGGACGUAUCAUUCCAAGGUUUGAAGAUUUAGCACCAGAAAAGCUUGGUACAGCUGGUAUUGUACGAGAAUUAUCUUUUGGAACAACUCGUGAUAAAAUGUUGGUUAUUGAAGAUUGUGCAAAUACAAGAGCGGUUACAAUUUUUGUUCGAGGGAGUAAUAAAAUGAUUAUUGAAGAAGCUAAACGUGCUAUACAUGAUGCUCUUUGCGUUGUACGAAAUCUAGUGAAAGAUAAUCGAAUAGUUUAUGGAGGAGGAUCUGCUGAGAUAUCUUGUUCUAUUGCUGUCGCUGAAUCUGCUGAUAAAGCGCCUGGAAUCGAGCAAUAUGCUAUGAGAGCAUUUGCAAACGCUUUAGAUGUAAUUCCAAUGGCUCUUGCUGAAAAUUCUGGUCUUUCGUCAAUUGAAACAUUAACAAACGUUAAAUCAAAGCAAAUAAAACAUUCCAAGUCUUCGUUUGGAAUUGAUUGCAUGCAAAAUAAUAAUGAUGGUCAUAUGAAAGAGUUGUUUGUCAUUGAUCCAUUACUUACUAAGCGUCAACAAUUAUUAUUAGCUACACAAAUGUGUAGGAUGGUGCUCAAGGUGAAUGAUGUAAUCAUUUCUGGUUCUGAAAAUGAUGAAUAUAAUUAA